UUUGCUCUAGCUGUCCUAUAGGACUCAUAGGGUUUAUCAUGGGACGAGCGGAUCAUGUCGAAGACAGAAGACGCUUUGGCUGAGACCGAAUCCUUGCCAUUGGUACAAACUCCUUCUGAAUGGUUGCAGGAAACAAACCCUCCAUUUACCUGGCUUUGGGAAGACAAAAGCUCUGAGCAACCGGAGUGGCGCCCCUUUCGCCGAUGUGAUCAGAAACGCCUUGAGGCAGCCGAGUUUCUGAAGAAUACCGAGUUCGUUCACGUGGAGGGUGGAAGGUGGAAGGUGAACUUGAAGGAACGUCUCCUCGUCGACAGCUACGGAAGUGAUCCACCUCUCAAGCGCUGUGCUGUGCGGCGUGCUCGUUGGUUUCUGCGUCCCAACACGGUGAGUUUCGUGCCCUAUGAUGAGCAAGUGGAUCAUUCAAUCGAACAGACCUACCAGGAAAUCAUAGCACCCACAGGCAGCGCGCCAGUUGAGGGAGCAGAGAUUCUGAAGAAGGUGCCUCUGGAAUCCGGUCGGACAGUUGCUCUCAAGAUGAAGUACAAGUCCUCCAAGUGGCGUGUUUCGGCGGAGGAACGCGCGACCUCCGGAACCUCUUGGGUGGCUUAUGCCCAAGCGGCACUUGAGAGAGUCUUCCAACUGCAAAGAGGAUUUGGAGAGGUUCAGAUACAAGCGGGUGAAGCAGAGGAGGAGAUCCUAGGGAACGACAUUGGACAGGUCAUCAUUUUGGUACAUGGCAUUGGGGAGAAGAUGUGGAGCGAGGAAGGUUGUGGCUUGGCCUUCUCCUCCGGAAUUUUCCGGCAGCUCGUCCACGCGAAGCAGCUGAAGAGCGCCGGAUACGAAAAGAGGACGGACGGCAGCUGGGUCUACCCAGGUGAAGGGACUCCCAGCUUGAAGAAGGACGAGGUCUUAGAAGCCUCCUGGUGGGAGACCAUCCACACGGAUGAGAUGGAUGCACGACUCCAACGGAUCAGCCUGCCCACCAUGAAGCAGGUGCGACAAAUUGCGAACUUUACCGUCGUCGACGGCAUUUACUACAUGCAUCCCAAGCACCAGGAGAAGAUUCUGGAGGCGGUAUGCAAGGCCGUGGAGAAUGCCUUCCAGCGGUUUUUGGAGCAUCACCCAAGCUACCAGGGUCCAGUUGUCUUGGCUGGACAUUCUUUGGGUGGCGCAAUUCUCUUCCAUUUGCUUCGCUCUGGAACCCCCAAGCUGAGCUUCACUCCUUUGGCUCUUUUCACCAUGGGCUCCCCCACCGGGCUCUUCGUCCACACCAGCGACGACGUGCCCAGCAGCUCCUUUGCUCUACCGGGAAACACGCGGUUCUUCAACAUUUUCCAUCCUAUGGACCCGGUGGCUUAUCGAAUGGAGCCCUUGAUCGAGGGAGACCUCGAGAAGCUCGACGCGGAGAAGAUUCCCGUGGAGGGACUCUGGGGUGGGAUGAAGGUCCAUCAUCAGUUCGAGCGCAUGUACAAGGGAGUCUACAAUUGGACCAAGGGAGAGGAGAAGAAGCAAGAUGAGCUCCGGAAACUCUGUGAAAGCAUCGCGCUCAAUGGUGGAGAUCGGAUCGACUGGGCGCUGCAAGAAGAUAUGACCCCAUGGCAGGUGGCGGGAGUGGCGGGAGAGUUGAUGCAGGCUCUGCCCAGCCAUUCUUGCUACAUGAAGAGCGAAGAUGUUGCCGCUUUUGUGCAGUCGAAAACUACAUUGCUGGCAGUUGCCAAGGCCGCAAACAGCAUCGCUUCCUCUUCCACGUGAUGGCGAACACCGCUCUGUCACAGCCCUGAGCCCUGCUGAUUGCACUUGAGCGAGCUGCAGUCAAGUCUCCGCAGCGCACAUGCGCCUGCGCGUGCCGAGCGCGGAGUGUGUGCUGCGCGGAAUGCCAAAGUGAAAGCGAAGGAAAGGACUUGAGCGCUUGAAGGCGCUAAAAGCACCUCAAGAUGGUCUCGCACAGUGACUUUUCGCGUAAAGUCAA